CAAAGAUCCUAUUGGUGGAAAAUAUAGGUUAGUGGUCCGACAGUCACACGAAGGAAAGAAAAGUAGGUCAGAGACUGAUUCCGUUUAUGUCACAGUUCCUCACGGACCGGACGCCAAAUAACCGAAACAAACUGUGAUGUUGAGCUAUUCCUCCGGAUCUUGCCACAGGUGGAAAGACAUGUAUUGAACAGCUGCUUGACUGAAUCUGUGUGAUGAUCUAAUGGCAGACCAAAGAAUGGACAUCUCCUCCACAAUGAAUGAGUUCAUGUCCCAGAGUUCUGCAGAUCUCAUCAGCAGUUCCAUUGGCACCACGGGCAUGGACUACAACCGCAAGAGGAAGGGCAGCACUACCGAAUACCAGAUUGAUGGCUUUUCGUUUGAUGAUAGUAUGGACACAGAUAAAGAUAAGACUAUGGGAAGGGAUGACCAGCAGGGCCGGAUAAAAAAUGCCAGGGAGGCUCACAGUCAGAUAGAGAAGAGACGCAGGGAUAAAAUGAACAGUUUUAUAGACGAGUUGGCUUCGUUAGUCCCCACUUGCAAUGCUAUGUCUCGCAAGUUGGACAAACUCACUGUACUGCGCAUGGCCGUCCAACACAUGAAGACAUUACGAGGCGCCACCAACCCAUACACGGAAGCAAACUAUAAACCAGCGUUCUUGUCUGAUGAUGAAUUAAAGCACUUGAUUUUAAGGGCUGCCGAUGGCUUCCUCUUUGUAGUUGGUUGCGAUCGUGGAAAGAUUCUCUUCGUCUCGGAGUCUGUUUAUAAAAUUCUCAAUUACACUCAGAAUGAUCUGAUUGGCCAGAGUUUGUUUGACUACCUGCAUCCAAAAGACAUUGCCAAAGUUAAAGAGCAGCUGUCAUCGUCAGACACGGCUCCACGGGAACGACUCAUCGAUGCCAAAACUGGUCUACCAGUGAAGACUGACAUCACUCCCGGCCCCUCAAGACUGUGUUCAGGGGCCCGAAGAUCUUUCUUCUGUAGAAUGAAAUGCAACCGUCCAUCUGUCAAGAUGGAGGACAAGGACUUCCCCUCAACUUGCUCUAAAAAGAAAGCAGACCGCAAGAGUUUCUGUACCAUCCAUAGCACUGGCUACCUGAAAAGCUGGCCGCCCACCAAGAUGGGUUUAGAUGAGGAUAACGAACCCGAUAAUGAGGGCUGCAACCUCAGCUGUCUAGUAGCCAUCGGCCGCCUACACCCACAUAUCAUCCCCCAGCCCAUGAACGGCGACAUCCGUGUUAAACCCACAGAAUACGUCUCCCGCCACGCUAUCGAUGGCAAGUUUGUUUUCGUCGACCAGAGGGCGACAGCCAUCUUGGCGUACUUGCCUCAGGAGCUUCUAGGAACGUCAUUUUAUGAGUAUUUUCACCAGGAUGACAUCGGUCACCUCGCCGAGUGCCACAGACAAGUGCUACAGAUGAGAGAAAAGAUUAAUACAAACUGUUACAAAUUCAAGAUAAAAGACGGCUCUUUCAUCACUCUGAGGAGCCGCUGGUUCAGCUUCAUGAACCCCUGGACCAAAGAGGUGGAAUAUAUCGUCUCUACAAACACUGUGGUUUCGGGCAGUAUGCUGGAAGGAGCAGAUCCUAGUUAUUCGCAGUCAGCCUCGUCACCUCAGAGCAUGGACAGCGUUUUAACAUCAGGAGACGGUGGGGGGAAACGUCCUCUUCAGACAGUUCCUGGUAUUCCAGGAGGAACUAGAGCCGGAGCUGGCAAGAUUGGACGCAUGAUAGCUGAGGAAGUGAUGGAGAUUCAGAGGAUUCGAGGCUCCUCCCCUUCAAGCUGUGGCUCCAGUCCUUUAAAUAUCACUGCCACGCCCCCACCUGACACCUGCUCUCCAGGGGGAAAGAAGAUUCAAAAUGGUGGAACUCCAGACCUGCCUUCUGCAGGAAUUGUGCCUGGGCCUGAUUCAAUAGGAUACCCAUAUUCAAAUAACUCAUUAAUGAGUGACAACUCCCAUCUCAGUAUUGACAUCAUGGAAGAGCCGGGAUCCAGCAGCCCCAGUAACGACGAGGCAGCCAUGGCCGUCAUCAUGAGCCUCCUAGAAGCUGACGCUGGCCUCGGAGGGCCUGUGGAUUUCAGCGACCUUCCCUGGCCUUUGUGAAACAACAGCAGACUCCCACCAGGAUGCUCAUCGGGUCCAAGGCUAAACAGGUCUAACCACAGGUCACCGCAGAGGCUCCUGGUCAGGAAGUGCACCGCAGUGGUGUGCGGAGGCUAACGCGCCGCGGCCGUUAGAUACGGGACCUCCUACUCGAAGCACACAGAAUGGUUGAGCUGCUUACUUCUUUCAACUGCCUCCUGUUGAACGGAGAUCUGUACAUUUCCCACGAUUCUCACAUGACUUUUCCCGACCUGCCUGGGUCUCUGUAGAUACCGGCCUGGAUUAUUCCUGUGGUACCCAUCAGCAAACGUGGAUAUCUUUCUAUACAUAUAUAAAUAUAUAUACCAUUUUGUUUGUGUUUUAAUGUUUUUACACUACAAAAGUUGUUGAAAUGUUAAAUAUUCUAUAUGCAGAUUGUAACUAAUUGUAAUUCUAUUAUGUAAGAUUUCUUUAUGCAAAAUAUAUAUGGUAAAAGUGUAACGUAUCAGCAGUGGAUAUUUUUAAAAUAAAAUAAAAAAAUCUUGUCUUCAA